GGCACUACUUGUCGUCGUCCCUGCCGCCGCCACCAUGACGGACCGUGCGCCCUUCGACACGAACGUGCUGACCCUGACCCGCUUCGUGAUGGAGGAGGGGCGGCGCGCGCGGGGCACCGGGGAGUUCACGCAGCUGCUCAACUCGCUGUGCACCGCCGUCAAGGCCAUCUCCACCGCCGUGCGCAAGGCCGGCAUCGCCAACCUCUAUGGAAUUGCUGGUUCCACCAAUGUGACAGGAGACCAAGUAAAGAAGCUGGAUAUCCUUUCCAAUGACCUGGUGAUUAAUGUGCUCAAGUCAUCCUUCAGCACAUGUGUUAUUGUAUCAGAAGAAAACAAAAAUGCUGUAAUAGUAGAACCUGACAAAAGGGGCAAAUAUAUAGUCUGCAUGGAUCCUCUAGAUGGCUCUUCUAAUAUUGACUGCCUUGUUUCCAUUGGGACCAUCUUUUCCAUCUACAGAAAGACAUCCCCUGAUGAACCUUCUGAGAGAGAUGCUUUGCAGUCUGGGCGUAACAUUGUGGCAGCUGGCUAUGCUCUUUAUGGGAGUGCCACAAUGUUGGUGCUGGCUACUGCUUCUGGUGUCAACUGUUUUAUGCUUGAUCCGGCAAUUGGAGAAUUCAUUUUGGUCGAUAAGGAUGUGAAAAUCAAAAAGAAGGGAAAUAUCUACAGUCUCAACGAGGGCUAUGCUAAAUAUUUUGAUCCUGCAGUCACCGAGUAUAUCAAAAAGAAGAAGUUCCCUGAGGAUGGCAGCUCUCCAUACGGUGCGAGGUAUAUAGGUUCUAUGGUGGCUGAUGUACAUCGUACUCUGGUGUAUGGAGGAAUCUUCUUAUAUCCAGCGAACUCUAAAAGCCCAAAGGGAAAGCUGAGACUCCUCUAUGAAUGUAACCCCAUGGCUUUUGUAAUAGAGAAGGCUGGGGGAAUGGCAACAACAGGGAAUCAGGCAGUGCUGGAUGUAGUGCCUGAGGAUAUCCACCAGAGACUACCCAUUGUCCUGGGAUCACCUGAUGAUGUGCAGGAAUACAUUGACAUAGUCAAGAAGCACUCAACUAAGUGAAAAUUUAGCCGUGAUGCAGCUAAAAUACAAAUUGGAAGAAAAGCCUUACAGCUGAACCAUAGAUUACCCUGUGCAAUACUACUGACUGUGAAUGGUCAAACUUCUGUUGCAGCAAAGCAAAAGAGCCAUAUUUCCAUAAACCUUGUUUAAGGAAAAAAAAAAGAAAAAGAAAAAAACGUUUGUAUUGUGUAACCAAAAUUCAGUCUUCAGUGUGGCAUUAAAAGCAACAUCAAGAGAA